AUGACGCAUUCCCUUAUACCCUCAUUCGUCGAUACUCCUGGAGAAAUAAUCCUCGGGGUGGCGGAACACCUCAGCUUGAUGGACCUGAACUCACUCGUUCAAUUGGCGCAGCGAUUCCAUGAGCUCCUCUCGAAGCAGCUGUAUAGCCGUGCAGCUACGUUCAUCCGAAGCGAUGGCAAGACGCCGCUGAUAUGGGCAGCAGAACGUGGCAGAGUCCGGUCGAUGCAAAAGCUUUUGGAUCAAGACCCGGAUCCAGCGAAAUUGAUCAACGGAAAAGGAGCGGUGCAUUAUGCGGCCACUGAAGGACAUGAAGAGGCAGUUGAGCUGUUGCUUAAGGCCGGAGUGCCGGUGUCGAUGCCGGAUGAGAUACUUCGUACCCCUCUCAAUCUGGCCACCCUCCAAAAUCACGAACACGUAGUUCGCUUCCUUCUCGCUUCUGGGGCGGGGCAUACUGCACGCCCAGCCGACAACGAUUGGGAAUGGGGAGGAGCAUUGACAGACUCAGUAAUGGAAGAGUUUGAAUCAGUAGCGCGCGCUCUUCUGGAGGCAGGAAAACGAGCGCCACCAGAGCACGCGAACGAUGUCAAGCAAUGGAUCUAUGCCCAAUUAUGUCUGGCUGCUUCAUACGGAAAAUGCAAUAUGAUGAAGUUACUACUAGAAUUCGAUGGCGCCACUCAUCUCCCGGAAGUGGAAUACCAGCCCCCAGUGCAUUUGGCUGCUGCCGGCGGACAUAUGGAUGCCCUCCAGCUUCUGCUCGAUCACGGAGCUGACAUUUCCGUCGUCGAUGUAGAAGGCGAUACCAUCAUGCACCACGCGGCAGUCGGUGGGGACGAGGAAAUCCUUCGGUUUCUGAUGGACCGUGAUAUGGAUGUGGAUGUUCCGGGCGGGUUUGGAAAUACACCCCUUAUGAACGCUGUUGUCUAUAAUAGACAGACUGCGGCUCAGAUGCUACUAGAUGCUGGGGCCAAUGCCACCGAGCCCUUUUCCAACGGAGACCCUCCGAUAAACUUCGCCGCCCAUUUUGGAUCAAAAGAAAUGGCCAAGCUCCUCCAGGACGGCGGAGCGUCGAUUAACGAUCUCGGAAGGGGUAAUCGGUCUGCCUUACAUGAAGCUGCUUUAGGCGACAAUACAGCCAUUAUUCCAUUUCUAUGUCGUGCCGGGGUACCAAUGGAUGCGUUAGAUGUCAAUGAACUUAGCGCUCUCCACCUUGCUGCCGUUCAUGGUCACACUGAAUUCGUCCGAAAGCUCCUUGACAUGGGAAUGAAUGCAUCAGUGGGUGAACCUGGAGGAAGAAUGCCAAUUCACGCCGCUGCAGUAGGCGGUCAUCCUGACGUGCUGCAAUUAUUAAUCGACGCUGGAGCGGAUCCCUGCGCAGUUCACAAAGAGGGGGAUCAUACGGCCCUGCACUACGCCGCCAUGUAUGGGAACACCGAAGUGGUUCAGGUUUUACUGCAAGCUUUUCAGGAACAGACUGUGAAGACUCUCCAGUCUCUCCAGCCAUGUCACUGUGGGCGGUCGCCGUUGAAAAAGGCCGCUGCCAACGGAAACACGGAAAUAAUAAAAUUGAUGAAGGAUAACGGAGUGGAUGUGACCCUCUAUCACGAAGGCUCCUCCGCUUUACAUCUUGCGACAUCGGCCGGCCAGGCUGAGGUUGCUGGCUUUCUCAUGUCUCUAGGGGCCGAUGCUUUUCGAUUGGACAUAUACGGUCGAUCCUCUCUGGACUGGGCAUCUCUGGAUCCACCGACUCUGGAAGCGCUGUUGAAAUACUGUCCGCAACCUCCCCCGACAGACCGUGUGAAACGUACCUCAGCUCUAAGGGAAGGUAUCUUCUGGCUCGCCAGUCGUGCCCUAGUCGAGGGAUAUAAACAUCAUUACAGACUUGGAAAGUGCCUUCUAUACAUAGAUGACCUACCGUCCGCCCGCAUCUCAUUUAUUUUAGAUGCGCAACCGCCGGGAGAUGAUGCAAUUCAUUAUUCACCGGCUGUUUGUGAUUCAUGUUCAGAUUCGCUGACAGACAGCCGAUUCGUCUGUCGAACCUGCCCGGAUGUGGACUUCUGUUCUGAAUGCAUAAACAAAUACCAAGAGCAGGGGGGUAAAAUUAAGCUUUGUGAAGGGCAUGAAUUUCUAGAGAUUAGAGUCUCGGACCGAGAGCUUCUGGAGGAGCCGGCCAAUGAAUUCAGGGACCGGUGGCUCCAGGGCCUCGUGGCGGCGUAUGGCAAUUCUUCUGCCUAG